AUGUCCACAGCCAAUCUAGGGAAGCGUCUGCAGUUUCCUUCCCCCCCAACUCAUCGCCUGCGCCGGUCCCACCACUUGCGGGAGGUAAAAAGACAUGAGCCGUGGUUUCUCCCCACGCCGCCUGCACAUUCCCCCCCCCGCCCCCCCCGGGAGCUGCUGCUGCCUGUGCCGCUGCAGAAACUGCUCGCCCCAGAGCCAGCGCUGCCUGUCGCGCCGCGGCACCACGGAAACAGAAACCGCCGUGCUCGGAGCCACACCGCUGCUGCCACUCGCGGCCCGGAGCCAUGGCACCGUUGCACCUCCGCUCUGAACCGCUGCACCGCCGCCUACACACAGAAACACCUCCACACGGGGCUGCACCCUUCUCUCACGCCUGAGAUUAACCCCCACCACCCGGGGAUCACUCUGGGGUUCCACUACCACUCGUGGGGUUUACUCACCUCCUCCUGGGGACCUGGGUUGGCUGGAAUGCUGCAAGGAAGUCCUCUGUCCUGGGAUCGAUUCGUUCUUGGGCUGAAACAAACUGCCGGCCCCACCCUCGAAAGCGUCGUCGUCGUCCAAAAAGCAACAGAAAACUCCGAGGAAGCUGAUGGUCCAAAAAGGCGUAGAGUGGGUCUCAGACUUUGCAGGAGGCUACACGUUGGGUUCCAGCUGCCGUUAUGUAAGCCUUCAUGGGGUCCCCUGGCUAGCUCUGGACCCCAGGUUGGCCAACAAGAACAAAGAGAGACUGCAUUUUAGGGGGAUGUUUGGUGAGCCAAGAGACCCGCCUCAGUGACUACCAACACAGGAGUGGAGUGAAUAAAGAAGAGUUGAGGAGGGUGUGGUGAUGCCCUCUGUCUUCAGAAAGAAGAUGAUCUCUGUUCUUGAGACCCUCGGCCCCAGGAGAGGAAGAAAAUG